ACGCUCAUGUCCCAAGUGCGAACCACUUUUUCAUAAAUAUCUCUUGUUAAAACCGAAGGGCUUAUUCUGCAAUAUUUGUUUUGUAAUCCAAAUUCCUCAAAAUCUGAAUUUUCAAUUUUUACACCGAACUCUCUUCAACAAAUCUGCAAGAGUGUCCGGUAAAGGAAUACUUGUUUUACUAUCCUAAGCAAGCAACACCAAGAUGGGGUUGACAUUCACUAAGUUGUUUAGUCGGUUGUUUGCGAAGAAAGAGAUGCGUAUUUUGAUGGUAGGUCUUGAUGCUGCUGGUAAGACGACUAUAUUGUACAAGUUAAAGCUUGGAGAAAUUGUGACGACAAUUCCUACCAUUGGAUUCAAUGUUGAAACCGUUGAAUAUAAGAACAUCAGCUUCACUGUCUGGGAUGUUGGUGGCCAAGACAAGAUUCGUCCAUUGUGGAGGCACUACUUCCAAAACACACAGGGGCUUAUCUUUGUGGUGGAUAGCAACGACAGGGAUCGUGUUGUUGAGGCAAGGGAUGAAUUGCAUAGGAUGUUGAAUGAGGAUGAACUUAGAGACGCUGUUUUGCUCGUUUUUGCUAACAAACAAGAUCUGCCUAAUGCCAUGAAUGCUGCUGAAAUUACUGAUAAGCUUGGCCUUCAUUCACUCCGUCAACGUCAUUGGUACAUUCAGAGCACAUGUGCAACAUCUGGUGAGGGCCUUUAUGAAGGGCUGGAUUGGCUCUCUAACAACAUUGCUAACAAGGCAAGUUAAACCAAAAGUAUAAUAUUCUAAGAGAGACUAGAGGUGGCAAUAUCGUAGUUUAACACUUUUGGUACGAUCAGGCUGGGCCGUGUAGGAUUGAAUAGCAACACCAUUUUUUUGUACACAUUUUGAACUUUUUAAUAAAAUACCUUCUGUUAAGCAUGAUCACUAAGAUACGUAUGAUUAAAAUCUAAUUAAGUUUUCUUGAAUCAA